AUGGCUGCGCCAACUCCGCCAGCACCGCCCGUCGGUCCAGAUACCUUGAUUACCAUCAAGGUUCUGCUCAACGAAUCGGUUAAUCGACGCUUCAAGAUUCCCUUGCGAGAUUUAGGUGCUCGUGUAUUUCCUCAAAGGAUCCGCUCCUUGUUAUCAGUUCCACCCGCUUGCUCCCUACUGCUUGAACGCUAUUCCGACAGCCUUGCCAGCUACAUCGUGCUAGACAGCGAGAAUCCCGCCGUGUACAAGCAACUCUACCGUGCUGCCAAGGCUAAACUCAAACUCCGCAUCAAGGCCACCACCAAACCCGAGGAGAUCAUCCCAGCUUCCACCGUCUACGUCGAGGACUCUCCUAUACAGGAACAAUCUCACCAGCGUUUCCGCUACUUGGAGACUGUGUUGAGCCCUUCAAACACACAGACCGGCUCUCAGCCCAACAAGAAUAUGACGUCAACACUUUCUUCACGCGUGCGGUCCUUCUCCCCCGUGCCCUCCGUUCACGAGGAGAAGCAGCCCGCCUUCCCUCUUCGACUUGCCAACAACCGCCUUGCCAAUGCGUUCUGCAUUGACUGCAACAACUGUGGAGGUAACAUUCCUAGCGAGCACUAUCACUGCAGCAUCUGCGACGAUGGUGAUUAUGACUUGUGCCUUGCUUGCGUUGAAGCCGGUGUAUCCUGUCAUGGCGAGGACCACUGGUUGUUGAAGCGCUUCGUGCAGAAUGGUGUCAUAGUCAACAGCGUUACUGAGAUUGCACCCAAACGUCUUUCGGAAUCCGUUGCCACAGACAAACCCACAGAGGAGCCUACUCCGGUCAAGGAAGAACCAAGGGUUGAAGAAAAGGAGACUGUUCCCGAGCCAGAGAUCAAGGAAGAACAGAAGGAAGUGGUAGAUGAACGGACUUGCAAUGCAUGCUUUAGAGGAUUCUCCGAGAUGACGAUGGUUCACUGCGACGACUGUGAUGACUACGACUUGUGUGUCAGCUGCCUAUUGAUGAACAACCAUGGACACAACCCUGCCCACGCUUUUACAAUUAUCAAAGACCACCAACUCGGCUUGAAGAAUCUAGUUGUUUCUCGUUGCCGUCCAGGCCGCCAUUUCCAUCAUGCAGCCAUCUGCGACGGAUGUGAAAAUCGCAUUGUUGGAGUUCGACACAAGUGCCUUAGUUGCCCUGAUUGGGAUUACUGUUGGUCAUGCGUGAAGAAAGCCGAUCAGCUACAUCCUCAACACCGAUUUGUGCCAAUCUACGAAGCAAUUUCUGAACCAAAAUUCACUCAGGAUGUUCACAUUGGCAUCUACUGCGACGGUCCUUUGUGCCGCAACAAGCCAUCGGCCUCGUACAUCACCGGUGUACGAUACAAGUGUGCUGUCUGCCACGACACUGAUUUCUGCGCCGCCUGUGAGGCCUUGCCAACGAAUACUCACAACCAGACCCAUCCAUUGAUCAAGUUCCGCACUCCAGUACGCAAUGUUACUGUCAGCACGCUGGGCGAUGAUGGAUUUGGUGGUCAGACUAUGGUUAUGGGUGAUCGGACUCCAGCAGCCGUGCAUAACGUCUUCGACGUCUCUUCCACAAACUCUACCGUAGUCGAAGCACCAUCUGUUGUUGAGAAGGCCGAACCCCCGGCUGCCGAAUUCAAGGAUGUUCCUGAAGUCCAGGAUGCUCCUGAAGUUGAGUAUGUCCCUCAAAUCAAGUCAUCUCCCGAGACUCCCGAGACUCCCGAAACACCCCGUCAAUCUUCAGGUGAUUUCGCCGAUGACUAUAGCGCCUUUUUCAUGAAGGAUGCUGUUUCCGACGGAACGACUAUGCCUCCAUCCCAUGUUUUCCGACAGACCUGGACACUUUACAACCCAGGACCAUCGACCUGGCCAGCAGGCACUAGCGUUCGUUAUGUUGGCGGUGAUGCCAUGUUCAAUGUCAACACCGAGCAUCCUUCUAGCGUUGUCGCUCUUGCCGAAGCCAUGUCGAGUAACGAGCUAACUCAUACAGUUGCCCCAUCGGAGUCUGCUGACUUCUCGAUCACAUUGAAGAGCCCUCAGCGUACCGGUACUUCUAUUUCUUACUGGCGCUUAAAGCUUCCCAAUGGAACUCCUUUCGGUCACAAACUUUGGUGUGAUAUUAAAGUGGUUGAUGAGCCAGUUGAAGCUGAGCCGGUCGUUGAGAAGGAGGUUGUCGAGGCUGCUACCGAGACUAAGGCCGAAGCUGAGACUGAGACUGAAAUGACUGGUAGCAAUAUGGUCUUCCCUAAGCUCGAAAAGGAGUCUCCAGUGUCCAGCACUCAUGAGGCACUUGCUGAACACCCUGCUCCUUCCGUGACCACUGUCGAUGAUCAGGCUCUUCCCGAAGAUGUGGAGAGCUUGACUCUUGAAGACAGUGACGAUGGAUUUUUCACUGAUGAAGAAUACGACAUUCUCGAUGCUAGCGACCAGGAAUCAAUCAUGGGAAAGCACUAGCCUGAAACUCAACUUAUGACCUUAAAUUGUUACGUUGUCUACUCAUUUGAUCAUGGUCUAAUUUGGUUCUAGGUCCAUCCGGGCGUUCACAUUCAUUUGACUAGUUUUCUCGAUUGUUAUUUGCGUGUUAUGUAACCUAUGAUCUAAUAACUUUCAUUAUC